AAAAAAUAUGAUGCUAUUAAGAACGUGUUAUUGAAUACCAUAGGCUGUAUACAGUUUUAUCGAAGGCUGCUUCUUUUCAAACUUAUUUUUUUCCCGCCAGCUUAUUACAGUAUUGUUACUUAUUUACAGGUUGUUCUGCUUGCGCUGGACGUUCAUGCAUGCAUAGCAAAAGAUUCUCAACGUUUUCACCAUCUUGUGGUUUUUCUGAUAAGCACCUUCCGCUCUAAUCAUAGGCUUCUGGAGAAGCGUAGUGCUUUGAUAGUAUGUCGGCUUUGUGUUCUUUUGGAUGCUGAACUUGUUUACCGAGAAUUUUCUCAAAUCCUUGAGGGUGAAAGAGAUUUUAGUUUUGCAUCAAACAUGGUUCAGGCUCUGAAUUUGAUUCUCCUUACCUCGUCUGAAUUGAUCGACUUGAGAAAUCUUCUAAAACAAUCAUUGACGAAUCCUGCCAGCAAAGAUUUAUUUCUUUGUAUGUAUUCUUCUUGGUGUCAUUCACAAAUGGGAAUGAUAAGUUUGUGCAUACUUGCUCAGGCCUACCGCCACGCCAGUGCUGUAAUUCAAUCACUGGUGGAGGAAGACAUAAAUGCCAAGUUCUUGAUGCAGUUAGACAAGUUCAUACGCCUGCUGGAGGCUCCAGUGUUUACUUACUUAAGAUUGCAGCUUCUGGAUCCGGGUAGAUAUCCAUGGCUGUUGACGACACUUUAUGGACUUUUGAAGUUGCUGCCUCAGCAAAGCACAGCCUUCAAGAUAUUAAAAACUAGAUUAAAAACUAUUCCUCCGCACACCAUCAUUGAUCAACUCAAACGGGAUACAGAGAUUCUUGAAGUCAGCCAUGACCAAGAGAAAAUUCUUAUUGACAUCAACUUUGAAUCACGGCUACAACAGUUUAAGAAAAUGCAGAACCAGCAUCGGAUGCAUUCAAGAACUACGCAGUGUCCUGUGAGUUCUACAUCAACCAUGUUUUCACAGAUUCAAAUAUCUGAAUAGCCGCGCCCGCACGCAGCCCAUCCGGAAGUUAGCCGUCUUCCAUCCAGAUCAUCCUGUACAGAUUCUGGACAAUUUCAUCAACCCUGACUGCGCCAAUCUUGACAUCCCAGUUGUGUUCAUUCAAAAUAGUUUUCUCUUUUGUAUCUUCGAACAGGUGUUAGGGAAGAGAUUAUGGUUGGGUUAGGAUUAGGGUUAGGGUUAGUUUCAUAAGUGAGCUGUUAUUUUUUUUCUGCUCAUCAUGGCUAUUUAUAUGCAUGCCUGUGCCUUUUUUAUUGGUUUUAUUUCUACUCUUUCAUGGUCGCACAUGAAACAUACAUUGGAGCCUUCCGGAAUUA